AUGUCAGCAGAGACGCUGCAGAAGCUCUCUAAUAUCUUGGAUACCCUCGUAUGCCAAGAGUCUCCUGGCAAGCAACGAGACUCGAACUCCAUUAACGCGUUACUUUCCUCGGUGCUUGUUUCAUAUGAGAAUAGGAAGCUCGACAGAGACUUAACUCUCGGAGGGGACAGCGACCUGAAUGAGUCUGUUAUAGUAGGGAAGAUAUUUGCAGCACUCAAGUCGAUGUUCAGCAGAAACCCUUCGUUGCUCGUGGAGAACAACCGCCAUAUAACCGUCCUCAAAUCUGCUUUCCCCUUCUUCAACUGUCUAAAUUGCUCGGUAGAGCUGGCCGAUGAGGUGCUAUUUGUCUUGAUCCAAAUUUGUUCGGAAUGCUUCAGAAAAAAUCUCCUCAUAUACAACAGGUUGAUCUCUCAACAGAGAGAAUACAUCAUAAGAUACUUGGAAUCUCUUCUUUCAGAUAUUAUCAAAUCCUUCACUAAUUCUGAUAGCUCUGCAGUAUCGAUAGAAACGUUUAGCAAGGUCAAUGUUUCCAAAAUAGCCAAAAUCGCAAUAGCAAUAAAAAUUACCCAGUUUCUGGUUCAUCCUUCUAUUUACAAACUGUUUUUUGUACAGUAUCAAUCCUCGUAUAUACUGGAUUCCUACCUCUCCAAGUGCUGGUUUUGCCUCGAGAAUAUCAUAGUCAAUGUCAAAUUCACGACAGAAAACGUCGAAACCAUAUCUUUGCUAGACAAUCUCUAUUCAACAUUAUUACUGUCAACCGUGAACAGCUACUGUAACGAUAAUUCUUUCCAAUUUAGUAAGCUACAGCUGGCUGUUAAGUCUUGUCACUUUUUGCUCAACUGGUCCCUUUUAACUAAUUUCGAUUCCCUACAGAUUGUCCUUGCUCAGUGCUUGCUCAAGCUUGCCUUGAACUUAGAUUCUUUGAAUAACAUCGACUACCUUUGGAGAAAUAUUGGGUUAACAAAAAACUCAGUCAGCUACUUUUCGAAACUUAUAGAAAAAGUUUCACAUCAUGAAUUAAAAAAUGCAAUGAGAUUGCUAAGUAACGCAAAUUAUCAUAACUCAGAAGAACUCAACAGUCAUUUCCCGAGGUACACGGUUGCCGAAUUCCGCACAAUAGAAUUGCAGUCCUUACACAAGAGAAUGGAGCAAACUUUUUUUUACAAGGAUUCCAAAUUUGAUGGUUUUACUGAAGAGCUUACCCCUCAUGUAAUUGAUGAAUAUGACUUAGGUCUUUCCAAAAUCACAGCUUCUAUUUCAAGCCUAUCGACCAUAGACAUUAUAAAAACAAUUAAUAGGCUCGGGAAGUAUGGCUGCUACAUUACGGGUAACUACGAUCUCAACACCCAAACUUGCAAACUCUGUGAUUCAAACUUCAAUAUUACUUCCUAUGUUUCUAAAAAUGUCGAUAUAAAUAGGCCGAAGACUACCUCAGAUCCUAGAUUCCAGAAAUUAUACAGCUCCUUAGAAGCAAUCACAAGCAGUUAUUUUGAUACAGAUAAUAGUAGCAUCCUUAUAUCACUUUUGAUUGCACUAACUAGAGUAUUCAGAGCUUUGAGGCCGCCGAAACUUGAAGGUAAAUUUUGGGAGCUCUUGAAAAGAGGUUUUGAAAACAAAGUUAGAGAGAUUCGUCUUUUGACAGUAAAAUUGUUUCCUCUUGUAAUUUACUGUCCUGAAGACCAGCAAUUCGAACAUGAUUUAGAUCUGAUUUUAUCACAUCUUUUUACCUUCUCUCCUAAUAGCUCGAAUCUUCAUGUUUUCGAAGGAUACAUCUCAAGUUUGGGUGAGUUGCUAGUCAUUAAAUCAGUUGAUUCUAAAUAUUAUAUCAUACUUAACCAAUUGAUUAAGUUUAUGAGUGACUCAGACGAAUUUAGGUCUAACUUAGCAAUAUACGAGCUCAGAAUCGUUGCAGCCACAAAAAAUGUCACUCCUUGGCAAAUUGUAGAGCCUUUUAUACCAUUGCUCAGUCGAGACAUUGUUAGAGCUAGAAACUCUAAUCCCGGAAUUUUGACCAAUUUUUGUGCUGCUAUUGAAAUGAACUUAUCAUUGUUUUUGGAAAGAACUCUUAAGUAUACAGUUCCAUUUUUGAUUAAUUGCUACAAAGAGGACCAUAUAUCCUUUAUUGCCACCUCGAUCAAACGCUCAAAAUCAGACUUAAUUAGGACAGAGCUUGAUGAAAUACUGGCCUACUUAUUUGCGACUUAUGAGGAUAUUUCUCAUACAAAGAUCCUUAACAUAUUAUCGAUUUACGACCCUUACUAUAAAACCAUCAGUUUUGAUGAUUUGUUAGUUGCUUGUAAGGGCCCAUACUUUCUUUACAACCUACUUUAUCACUACAAUUCAGAAGCAGGUACUUUUGAAAGAAUCAAAAAGGCCAUAGGAAUGGUGAGUGUUACUUUAGGAUAUGGAACUAGUGAAAACGAAGCCACCCAAAGAAUUUUGAAUCGAUGGUUAUUGAUUAUAGUCCAGAUGGUUUCCACAACCUUGAAUGACCAGAAAGGAUAUAAUCCCUUUACUGUUAAGAUCAGGGCCAUAAAAUCAGUAACUUGCCUGUCGAAGUUAUGCACUAAAUUUGAUGCAUGUUUGGGUCAAAUCAUAACCGCAUUACAAUUGGCUUCAAAGUAUGAUGAGCUAAGAACUGAGGCAUUAUUAUGCAUAAAAUCAAUCAUCAACACUGUUAACCCUAGAAGUGUGGAAUUCAUUUUUGACUCUUUAUUGUCUCAAUUCAUCCAGCAGUUUAGCUUGUUCUCCGAUAGAAAUAAAGCAUUAACGACUGAUAUCAUCUUAUCAUUGCUGAAAAUUGUGCCGAAUAAAGAUUUGAGUUACAGAUUUGCACUAAAGAAGCUUCCAAGUAUGCAAAUGAUCAAUUUUCAGCAUGUGUCUGACAGAAAACUAGUUGCAGAUUUCAGAAUUAGAUUAAAAAGUGAUAAUAAAUGGAUCAUUGAGCAAGUAUUGGAUGACCUAGUUGAAUACUUAGAAAAGGGCCAAAUAAAAUUCCACCAAAUGUUAAAAGAAGAUGAACUUUUGCUGAGCUCUUUUAUGUCAAUCAUAGACACCCUUGUUACAAAUUCUUUCAGAACAAAUAUCAGUGAUGCAGGCUCCCAAAUAUCAUACAAGUCGGCCAAAGCAAUUUCGUUACUUGGCAAUUUAGAUUUGAAUAACUCAUCAGCUUUAUCCAGGCAUUUUACACAUAAUACUUACGACAACGUUACUAAUUUUCUUUUAGUUACGGAUUUAUAUCCCAAAAAAAAUUCAGAGCAAGAAGUAACACUUAUUGAAUUCUCAACUCACUUUUUGAAAAACAUUCUUGUUAGAUCAUUUGUUUCUUCCGUAAAUCCUGAAGAGCAAAGACUUUUGGCUUAUACUAUACAAGAAUAUCUAGCUAUUUUUCAAUUUCCUACAAAAACGUGGGAGAGUCUUGAUGACUUGACUAAAAAUAUUCUGGAGCCAUUGAAAGUUACAAGGUAUAAGCAAAAUUUCAAGCUAAAGCUAUCAGAGUAUCCAAUUUACAAAUCUACGAAAGAAUACUCGGUAUGGCUGAAAGAGCUAACAGCAAACUUACUGCAUACAUGUACGGUACUUGCUGAAAAAGUCACCAAAAUACCCACCCAAAUAGAAUCAAUAUGCUCAGUCAUACCGGUAUUGGAUCUAAGUAUUUCCAAAUUUGUAUUACCUUAUGCAGUCUUAUUUCUGGUGAUUAUCGAGCCUGAAAACAACAUUCAUAAGAAAAAUAUUCACAAAGAAUUUAUGCAGAUUUUAGAGCAAGAGUUGAACACUAUUAGUAAUGAUGUUGUAAAAGAAUGCUUGAAAAAAUGCGCCAUUGUUAUACUUGAAAUACUACAAUUUUUGAAAGCUUGGAUUAGCAAAGCUAAAGAAGAAGAAGAUGCUAUAAAAGCAACAAAUAGAUCAGGAUCCAAAAAUAAGAGAAUGUCCAUUCAACGAGUGACAAAAUUUAUUGAUUUAUUUCCAACUAAUGUUUUGGCGAAAAGAUGUGCAGAAUGUGAUAUUUACGAAGGGGCAAUCUUGUUCUUAGAGAAGAGCUUAAAGCAGAAUACAAUUGCUAAGGAAGAUUUUUUUUCAACCUUGAAGGAUAUGUAUGUUGAGCUUGAAAACUACGACGAAUUACAUGGAGCUUUGAAAACUUUUUCCACUAACAGUUUGAAUGACAAACUUCUUCAAUUUAAAUACAAUGAGGAUAUACAGGUGUCAAAUGAAUCCUUAAAUGCGAUUGCCCAAUACGACUUUGAGGGCGUAAUUAACACAAAUGUUGAACAGUUAGAUAGCAGUAAAGGCGCAGUAACUGAGUUGUUUGAAGUGUUGAGCAAAAAUUGCGAAUACGACCAACUAUUAUUGAAUUUGAAAAACUAUACAAUGAAGUCAGAAAAUGAAACAAAUAUGGGCCCUAUUAAUCAAGAAUGGGUCUUGCAAGGAAUUCAAGCUUCGAUCUUCACGGGGGACACAAACGACUUGAAAAAGUGGACAACAUUGAGCCAAGAGUCCAAUGUUAUUGCAAUACCGGGCUCUGACUUGUCGAUUUACUAUGAAAUUGCUGUUGGACUUAUGGCACUGAAAGACUCAUCAGUUCCUCGUUGUCUCAAACAUUUGGAAGAGGCUGUUAAAUAUAUUGGUUUGGCUAUUUCCAAUUCAGAGAAUAUUACACAUAGGAAGAUACCGGAUUACAUGGUCUUGCUACAUGCACUGUAUGAUUUCAAGUUACUUGUCAGAAUGGAUGAGAGAAAUGAUUCUACAAUACAGCAUUUGAAACGCAGAUUGCAAAGCUCAAAAAAAGAUUUCAAGUCAAUUUGGAAGAUCCAUUCUAUGAAGAGUAGCAUUUAUCGGUUGCACAGUGAUCCUGCUUUUCAGGAGCUAUAUAAAGAUUCAUUGAUCGAAGGUUGCAUGAUUCUAAGAGAAAAUGGAAAGCUACCUCAAGCCACAAAGUUAAUCACCAAAGCCCUUGUUCUGAAUGAUAGUAGCACCACAGGGGAAAUGACCCAAGCUUCCACCCUUCUCAUGAAUGUAGAAUUUUCCAAAUUAUUUUGGGCUCAAAAUGAUUAUGAAACCGCCUUGAAAACAAUGGGAUUGGUUGUCAAAGACAUGAGCAGCAAGAAUCCAUAUUUUCUAGAUUUUUCUUUGACAUACCUCAAUUGGUUAGAUAUAUCUGCAGAGGGAAGUAGUGAUUUGAUAAGAGAGAAGUAUAAUAUUCUGCUAAACGAUAAAAGAUUCGAACGUUCUGCAGAAAUAUAUUAUCAGUAUGCGGUUUAUCUCAACAAGUUAUUAGAGGCACAGGUUCCUGAUGAGGCCGACGGAUCGUUGGAUAUUCAAGUGAUUAAAUACUACAUAUUAGCUGUUAGCUAUUCAAAAACCUACGCACACGAGAUACUACCAAAAGCAAUCACUUUAUGGUUAGAUUACUACAAUAAAUAUUUGAUGCUUGAUUCGAGCUCUAAAGUUACUCGAAAAUUGAUUGACUCAAGAAGUAACACAUACCAGAAGAUAAAUUUAACCAUUGAGAAGUGUGUUUCAGAGUUAGGAUGCAAGUGGUAUAUUGUCUUAUCUCAAAUCAUUUCCAGAAUAACGCAUGAUGACAAAAAAAUUACAGACAUUAUAUCUAAAGUGAUAAUUGAGUUAACAGUAAAAUAUCCAUGGUUAUUACUUUAUUCAGUUUUUGCACAAGCCAGGUCUGUUGACAAUAAUAGAAGGAAAAUAGGUACAAGUAUUUUAACCAAAUUGCAAGAUACGAGGAUUGCAGCUACUAAUGGCACUCCUCAACUAUCAAAACUCAUUGCUUCGGGAUUGAUUUUACUUGAAGCUAUUAUGUCAGUCUGCAAUGCUACCCAUAAUUACAAGCAUCCUAAAUCGGGUAACUUAUUCAAAGAUUUAUACAAAGACUUGAAUUUUGAUUACCCAAGAGAUUCAGAGUGCUGUGCUCUUGCUCUACCAAUUAAAUACAACAUGGAUUUGUUAUACAACUUAAGAAAUGAUGUUGAGAAGAGAGUCAUCUUUUAUAUGAAGUUCCACGAAAAGGUAAAAAUCCUUUUUUCGUUACAGCAACCGAAAAGGGUGAAAGUAACAGGCACGAACGGCUCGUUUUAUUACUUAUUAUUCAAGCCUCGUGACGAUUUACGUAAGGACAAUAAAGUGAUGGAGUUUUCAACUGUCAUGAAUGACUUGCUAGCUAAAAACUAUGAGACUCAAACCAGAAACAUGCAAAUCAAAAGUUUUGCUGCAACUCCAUUAAAUGAAACCACUGGUAUCAUUGAGUGGGUUCAGAACUUUAUUACCCUACGUCCCAUUAUAGACAAGCAAUUAAAAAGAAAUGGCAUAACGUUGAAUAUGAGAAGCAUGAAAGCUGAGCUUGGUGAAGCAAAAGAAGAUGAUAAAUUGAACAUUUUUGAAGCUUAUCUCAAAAAAUACCCUCCUGUCUUGGGUGAGUGGAUGGUUGAGAAUUCACCAAACAUCACAGAAUGGUACAAAUUUCGGUCGCUAUUUACCAGAUCUUUGGCAGUAAUGUCUGUGGUUGGUUAUCUCAUUGGCGUGGGUGAUAGGCAUUUGGACAAUAUAAUGUUGAAUAAAAACACAGGCAUGAUUAUGCACAUUGAUUUUGACUGCAUGUUCGAAAAAGGGAAGAAAUUGAGUGUUCCAGAAAUAGUGCCAUUUCGGUUGACUCCUAAUCUAGAAGAAGCAAUGGGUGUUUUAGGUUUUGAAGGAUCGUUCAGAAAAUCAUGUGAGCUAACAAUGUCUUUGAUAAGGGACAAUGAAAAUAUUCUCAUGAAUUUCCUUGAAAGUUUCAUCCACGAUCCACUUAUGGAUUGGAGAAGUAACAAUUCCUCUGAGAGAGGUGGUGAAGAACGUAAUCAACUGCGUAUCAAGCGGAAUCAAGAACGUGUUUAUAAAAUUUUAAGGAGAAAAAUUUGUGGUAUAUUGACCAAGGACGACGAUAAUACGGGUUAUCGUGACAGUGGAGGAUUAAGCGUUAGUGUAAGUUUCCAAGUUGACUUAUUAAUACAAACGGCAGUCAGUCAUGAAAAUCUUUCCAAAAUGUUCUUUGGUUGGAUGCCAUUUUUAUAG